AUGGCGCCGCGACGAGCAGGCCAGCCCUUCCGCCGGGUGGGCAAGCAGGGCAACACAUCCUACGGCCCACGAAAACCAAAGACGGUCGAUGCCUCGUCCUUACGCAGCACCGAAGCCACAUCACAGAACGAGAAGUUGGAAGCCACACGCCUUGCAAACCGCAUCGAUGAGACUAUGGGCUUCGCGCGCUUCGAGUCGGGGAAGAAGAAAGUCGGCUGGCUUGUCAACAUGCGUUCGACGGCAAUAGAAGACGAGAACGUACCUGGCGGGAAAGCGGGCGUGGAUUACUACUUCAUCGGCGAGGAUGGCGACACGUUCAAGGCGACCCUGGAGUAUGACCCGUACUUCUUGCUGGCAGUCAAGAAGGGCAAGGAGCAAGAGGUGGAGGAGUGGUGUCGGAGGUCUUUUGAGGGGCUUGUUAAGACUUUCAAGAGGGUCGAGAAGGAGGAUCUCUCUAUGCCGAACCAUCUGACUGGAUAUCGGAGGACGUUUUUGCAGCUGUCGUUUGCGAAUGUGAAUGACUUGCUGGCUGUAAGAAAGGCGGUCAACCCAGUGGUGGAGAAGAACAAGAAGAAUGUUAAUGCUAUGGAUACAUACGCGGAAGUCGCCAGUGGGAAUGUUGGCUUUGACUUUUUCGAUAACGAAGACUACGAGUACGAGAAACGAAUCAUGACUACGGUUGACGCCAGCGAUUUUAUCGUCGAUAUCCGCGAAUACGACGUUCCAUAUCACGUCCGAGUGGCCAUCGACAAAGAUGUUCGAAUUGGAAACUGGUAUACCGUUGAUGCCAAGCACGGCGUGAUCACAAUCACUUGCAUAGAGGAUCGCCUCACCCCUGCGGACCCUGUAAUCAUGGCAUACGACAUCGAGACGACGAAGCUGCCGCUCAAAUUCCCCGACGCUGUCUUCGACCAGAUUAUGAUGAUAUCGUACAUGAUCGAUGGCCAGGGUUUCUUAAUCACGAACCGCGAGAUUGUAUCUGAGGAUAUCCAAGAUUUUGAAUACACACCGAAGCCGGAAUAUCAAGGACCUUUUAUGAUUUUCAAUGAACCGGAUGAGAAGGGAUUGAUAGAGCGUUUCUUCGAGCAUAUCAAAGAGGCCAGGCCAACAGUCAUGGUCACAUACAACGGAGAUUUCUUCGAUUGGCCAUUCGUCGAAGCAAGAGCUAGUGUUUUGGGAAUCGAUAUGUACCAGGAGAUUGGCUUCAGGAAAAACAGCGAGGACAUCUACCAGUCAGAUUACUGUGCACACAUGGAUGCCUUUGCGUGGGUCAGUCGAGACAGUUACCUACCACAAGGAAGUCGUGGCCUGAAAGCUGUUACAAUGGCCAAACUAGGGUACGAUCCAGACGAGCUUGAUCCCGAGUUGAUGACACCAUACGCUUCCGAACGACCCCAGACACUUGCCGAGUACUCAGUCUCUGAUGCUGUUGCGACCUACUAUUUGUACAUGAAAUAUGUGCAUCCGUUCAUUUUCGCCUUGUGCAAGAUUUUACCCUUGGGUCCGGAUGAUGCUCUGCGUAAGGGUACGGGUACCCUGUGCGAGAUGUUGUUGAUGGUGCAAGCGUAUCAGAAGGGUAUUGUUCUGCCGAACAAGCACCAGGCUCCCAAGGAGGCCUUCUGGGACGGUCAUCUCCUCGAGUCAGAGACAUAUGUUGGUGGUCACGUCGAGAGUAUAGAGGCUGGUGUUUUCCGAAGUGACAUUCCAUAUAAUUUUGCGAUUGACACCACGGCUAUCGAUGAGCUGAUUCGGGAUCUGGAUGCGGCCCUCAAGUUCAGCGUUGAGGUCGAGGAGAAGAAAAAGAUGGAGGACAUUACCAACUACGACGAGGUGAAGUCCCAGAUUAUCGAGAAGCUGACGCAGCUCAAGAACACCCCAAACCGGAAUGAACGACCGCUGAUCUACCAUCUGGACGUUGCCUCUAUGUACCCCAACAUCAUGACCACGAACCGACUCCAACCGGACUCUAUGAUCAAUGAGUCAAAUUGCGCAGCAUGCGACUUCAACCGCCCAGGGAAGACAUGUGAUCGUCGGAUGCCGUGGGCCUGGAGAGGUGAAUACUUACCCGCGAAGCGAGAUGAAUACAACAUGGUUCGACAUGCCUUGGAAAACGAGCGCUUUCCAGGGAAAUAUCCUAACUCUCCGACACGGACAUUCCAAGAACUCUCCCACGAAGAGCAGGCUACUUUGACAAGAAAACGCUUAACCGACUAUUCCAAAAAGAUCUACCACAAGAUCCACGAAUCGACAACAAUCGAGCGUGAAGCCAUCAUCUGCCAGCGUGAGAAUCCUUUCUACGUGGACACCGUUAGCGGCUUUCGUGAUCGUCGAUACGACUUCAAGGGCAAGCAAAAGGUCUGGAAAGGAAAGACGGAGGCGCUGAAAGCUGCUGGCGCUCCGGCUUCGGAUGUUGAAGAUGCGAAGAAGAUGAUCAUUCUGUUCGAUUCUAUGCAGUUGGCGCACAAGGUCAUUCUCAACUCAUUUUACGGCUAUGUCAUGCGAAAGGGGUCUCGAUGGUAUUCCCUGGAGAUGGCCGGUGUCACUUGUUUGACGGGCGCACGGAUUAUUCAACUGGCUCGGUCGCUUGUCGAGAGGAUCGGGCGACCGCUAGAACUGGAUACUGAUGGUAUCUGGGCCAUUCUUCCCGCGACAUUUCCUGAGAACUUCUCCUUCAAGCUCAGCAAUGGCAAGAAGAUGACGAUCUCGUAUCCUUGUACCAUGUUGAACCACUUGGUUCACGCUCAGUUUACGAAUCAUAACUAUGAGACCCUGACAGAUCCGCAGUCGUUCCGAUACGAGAAGCACAGCGACAACUCUAUCUUCUUUGAGGUCGACGGACCGUAUAGGGCCAUGAUCUUGCCUACGUCGAAAGAGGAGGAUAAGAAUUUAAAGAAACGAUAUGCUGUCUUCAACCACGACGGCAGCUUGGCAGAACUCAAGGGUUUUGAGGUGAAGCGACGUGGUGAACUGAAACUUAUCAAGAACUUCCAGGCCCAGAUCUUCAAGUUCUUCUUGGAAGGCACAACGCUGGAAGAGACUUAUGGCGCGGUUGCAAACGUCGCAAAUCGAUGGCUCGACAUCCUAGACACACGCGGUGCUACCUUGGCGGACGAGGAACUCAUUGAUCUCAUCGUCGAGAACAAGAACAUGACGAAGACACUGGAGGAAUACGGAGCGCAAAAGUCAACCGCUAUCACGACUGCCAAGCGUCUCGCUGAGUUCUUGGGCGAGCAAAUGGUCAAAGACAAGGGCUUGAACUGCAAGUACAUCAUUUCCUCGAGGCCUAGGAACGCUCCGGUCACGGAACGCGCCAUUCCCAUGUCUAUCUUCUCCGCUGAAGAGUCGGUGAAGCGGUACUUCUUGCGGAAGUGGAUGAAGGAAGACCCUGGGGAUAUGGAUCCUAGAACUGUGCUGGAUUGGGACUACUAUCGGGAACGUCUGGCCUCUGUCAUCCAGAAGCUCAUCACCAUCCCGGCGGCACUCCAAAAAGUCCGCAAUCCAGUUCCAAGGGUUCCACAUCCGGAGUGGCUCGAUCGGAGGAUCCGUCAGAAAGAGGACAAGCUACAGCAAACGAAGAUGACAGACAUGUUCAGCAAGAAGGCCUUGACCAACGGCGAUGCAAACGUAGCGAACAACAAACUCGCCGGUGAUUUGGAGGAUUUUGGUGCUGCAAAAAUGACCGUUCUCUCGCAAGUUAAGAAAGGCCUUGUCACGAAGAGGGUCGCAAAGCGAAAAGAACCUGAGCCGGCUGUACCCAUCCAGACUGAUCCAUAUGCCGCCUUGCCGAAGAUUAUGCCCUCCAUCACUGAGGACUACUCAGGCUGGCUCAUGUAUCAGAAGCAGAAGUGGAAGAUACAGAAACAGGCACGCGCGCGGAGACGACAGCUGUUUGGAGAGAAGCCUGUCGAUGCUUCGGACGCAAUCGGUACCUUCUUCAGAAACCAGGCUGAGCUGCUCUUCAUCAGCACGUGGCAGCUUAUCCAGCUACGACUCACCGAAACACCGGGAGAAGUUAAGGCUUUUGUACUCAUCGACAAGAAGAUCCAUACAUUGAAGAUCAUCGUGCAACGGCAGCUGUACUUAAAUCUGAGAAGCGACGAUCUCCCAGACGUGUCGAUUAGCGGAUGUUCUGUGGAGAAACUUGUGAAUCACACCCUGCCGAAUGGACACCCGUCGAUCCAUUUGUUCAAACUUCAGAUGUCUGAACAGACAUAUGUCCAUGAAGCGAAGAACAUUGCGGCGCUGUUCAACCAUCCCAGCGUCGAAGGCGUGUAUGAGAAACAAGUUCCACUGAACAUUCGCGCCAUCCUCGAACUAGGCAGCAUCUGCACUUUCGACGAGUCGCAGAAGGGUGUUCUCGGUAAGGGUUUGGAACAGGGUUUUGAUCUGUCCGCGCUACGAAAAGUGCCGACAAAACAGCCAUACCUUUCGGAGGCGCCGCUUAGUUUCCUCUAUUUGUACCAUGUUAGCAGUGGCGAUCGCAACAUCUACGCGCUCUUCUCGACCUCGAGGAGUGAGGCUCAUAUCAUUAUUCAGAACAAGUCCAAGGAUUCACAGGGCAUGCCCAAUGUUGACCGGCUUUACAGCGAUGCGCUGCACAGACGAUUUGAGGACAACGAGGGUGAGCCGUGGCAAACGAUGAUCGAGUACCAAGAAGACAUCCACUUCCGGACUACUAUGGUGACUACGAGACGGAAAGCGUUGCUCGAGCUUGGCGACGUAAUCAAGAGGAUGAAGGUCGAUGAAGGUAAGCCUACUAUUGUCGUCAUGCAGUCGCCGAAUCAAGCAUUGCUUUCACACGACAUACCAAUGUUGAAGGAUCUGCCUAUUCUGCCAUUACAUCCAGAUGAAUCCGACAAGCAGCUGCCUCCACUAGGCUGGCAGUCCUUCAUCGCCAAACGUCUCGUCAGUCACUACCUUGAUCUUGGCUCGUGGGUCUCUCAUCUCAUGGAACUCGCCCGCUAUGGAGACAUUCCUCUUUGCAAUCUCGAGAGCAACGACCCGCGUUUCUUAAUCGAUGUCGCAUAUGCCAGACGACUACAGAAGGAGAGGGUGAUCCUCUGGUGGUCUGGCCAGGCGAAACCUGACCACGCCGGGUACGAGAAGGAUGAUAUUCUUGCGCCUUUGGAGUCGGUUGAAAUGCCUUCGAUCAAUAACCCAGGCACAUACUCUUCUGUUUGCAUCGACCUGAACCUGCGAAACCUCGCGAUCAACACCAUUCUGUCGUCUUCCCUGAUCAACGAACUUGAGGGGGCGGACUCUGUGUCUUUCAAUCCGGCCGCGCCUUCAUAUGAUGCAGCGAACGACGGCACGAACGUCAUCUACUCAGACAAUGCUUUCGCAAGCGCGGGUAUCACAGUCCUUCGUGAGAUGGUCAAAGCCUGGUGGAUAGAGGCGGUGCGAGCCGGCGAAGGGUUCAGCAUGGCAGACGUGAUGGUUCAGCAUCUUGUUCGAUGGGUCAGCAGUCCAGGCUCGUUUCUGUACGACAGGUCUCUGCACUACUACGUCGAGAUGAUGUCGAAGAAGACACUACAGCAAUUGAUGACAGACUUCAAGCGCGUGGGGUCACACAUCGUCUUUGCCAGUCCGAACCGGCUGUUAUUACAGACCACGAAAGCCGAGGUCGGAAACGCAUAUGCGUACAGUCAGUACAUCAUCAAGACAAUCAAGGCCAAACCGUUGUUCCAGUUUAUGGAGCUGGAAGUGAAGGAGUACUGGGACUACCUCGUCUGGUACGACGAGUUCAACUACGGCGGCAAGGGCUGCAACGAGGUGGUCGAAGAGGAGAACCAAACGAUCGAGAACAUCAUGUGCUGGCAACUCGCCCAGUUUCUCCCUCCCACACUCCAACCUACCUUCAACGAAUGGGUCAUCGAAUUCAUCGAGCUCAUGCACGCACGCAAACGCCCAGCAGUCACAGACGGCUCCACGCCGCGUCCCACACAAAUCCCCCUCCGCCCACUCACCGUCGACCCCAACGAGGAGACCCAGAUCCUCCCAAAGACGUUUACCAAACCGCUCUUCAGACAGAUCUCCCAUCUACUGCGUCGCCAGCACGCAGAGAUCCUCCACCCCGAACUCGCAGCUGACUACAUCUUCCCCACGCUCCCGGGCUCGCACCUCUCGCUCAAAAACCCAGUCCUCCAACUCGUCAAAUCCAUCAUGCAAGUCCUAAGCCUCGACCGCGCCAUCAGCCUUGAAGCACGCAUGCUACGCAAAGAACUCCUCCACCUCUUCGACAUCCGCGAGUUCAGCGCCGAGGCCAGCUUCGCAAACCCCAGCGCCGCCCUCGUCGUCCGCGGCGUCAUCUGCGACGAAUGCACAGCAAGUCGCGACCUAGAUCUCUGCCGCGACGCAUCGCUGCUCCCCGCCCCGCCCUCGAAUACCGAUGCCGCAGCACCCCCAUUGCCAAAGUGGAAGUGCGACAACGAGCGCUGCGGCGCGGGCUACGACAAACUACGCAUCGAAGAGCAGCUCGUCGCCGACGUGCAGAAGAUUGUGCUCGAGUGGUGCACGCAGGACCUCAAGUGCGCCAAGUGUGCCCGUCUGCGCGCCAAUGAGUUUAUGGAGCAUUGCGCUUGUGCGGGGGAGUGGGUUGGGACGAAGAAUCGCGCGGAUGUGCAGAGAAGGUUGGGCGUUUAUGCGAAUGUGGCGGGCUUUUAUGAGCUGAGGAUGUUGGAGGCGGUGGUUGGGGAGUGUCUUGAGGGGUUUUAG